UCGUCUCGCAAAUUAGUCUCCAUUUGUACAAUUAGUUUUGUAAUUAGUCUAUAUUUAAUACUCCUAAUUAGAUGCGAUAGAAAUUUUAGGAGGGAACGAAGAAACAAACACCCCCUUCCUCCCAGCUACACAUCAGCGGAAGCAGAGCAAGAAGACUUCGCCAUGGGCACACAGCUCCUCCUCCUCGCCGCCCUCCUCCUCCUGCCCCUCGCCGCCCUCCUGCUCGCGAGGCAGUGCGGGGUCCGCGGGGGCAAGAGCGGCGCCCGCGUCCCGCCGGGCCCACCGGGCCUGCCGUUCCUCGGCAACCUGCUCCUGCUGAGGCGCUCCUCGUCCGACGUGGAGGCCCUGCUCCGGCGCCUCGUCGCGCGGUACGGCCCCGUUGUGUCCCUGCGCGUGGGCUCCACCCUGUCGAUCUUCAUCUCCGACCGCCGCGUCGCGCACGCCGCCCUGGUCGGGAGCGGCGCCGCGCUCGCCGACCGCCCCGCGUUCACGCGCGCGCUCCUGGGGGACAACGGCAACACCAUCUCGCGCUCCAGCUACGGGCCCGUGUGGCGCCUCCUCCGCCGCAACCUCGUCGCCGAGACGCUGCACCCGUCGCGGGUGAAGCUGUUCGGGCCGGCCCGCGCCUGGGUGCGCCGCGUGCUCGCGGAGAUGCUCGGGCGGGAGGCCGAGGAGGCCAGGGCCCAGGCGCGGGCGCCGCCCCCCGUGAUGGAGACUUUCCGGUACGCCAUGUUCUGCCUCCUGGUGCUCAUGUGCUUCGGCGAGCGGCUGGAUGAGCCGGCGGUGCGCGACAUCGCCGCCGCGCAGCAGGCCUGGCUCAUGUUCAUGGGCCAGAACGCCACCGUGCUCGCGUUCUGGCCGGCGCUGACCAGGAUCCUCUUCCGCGGCGGCCUCCAGAAGGGGCUCGAUGCGCGGCGGCGCCAGAAGGAGCUCUUCGUGCCACUCAUCGAGGCGCGCCGGGAGCGCAAGAAGCAGCUGGACAGCCCAGUUGGUGGCGGGGCCGCCGCGGAGGCGCCGGAGAAGGAGACGACGUUCGGGCACUCGUACGUGGACACGCUGCUCGACAUCAGGCUCGCCGACGAGGGGAACCGCGCGCUGACCGACGAAGAGAUGGUGAACCUCUGCUCCGAGUUCCUCACCGCCGGGACCGACACGACGUCCACGGCGCUGCAGUGGAUCAUGGCGGAGCUCGUCAAGAACCCGGCCAUCCAGGAGAAGCUCUACGGUGAGAUCAAGGCGGCGUGCGGCGGCGAGCAAGAGGAGGUUGGCGAGGAGGACACGCACAGGAUGCCGUACCUCAAGGCCGUCGUCCUCGAGGGCCUGCGCCGGCACCCUCCGGCGCACUUCCUGCUGGCGCACAAGGCGGCUGAGGACAUCGAGGUCGGCGGGUACCUAAUCCCCAAGGGUGCGACGGUGAACUUCACGGUGGCGGAGAUGGGCUGGGACGAGCGGGAGUGGGACAGGCCCAGAGAGUUUGUGCCGGAGCGAUUCCUGCCCGGCGGCGACGGCGAGGGCGUGGACGUGACGGGCAGCAGGGAGAUCAAGAUGAUUCCGUUCGGCGUCGGCCGGCGGAUCUGCGCCGGGCUCGGCAUCGCCAUGCUUCACUUGGAGUACUUCGUGGCCAACUUGGUCAGGGAAUUCGAGUGGAAGGGGGUGCCCGGCGAGGAGGUGGACUUGGUCGAGACGCGCGAGUUCACCACCGUCAUGAAGAAACCACUCCGCGCGCGGCUGCUGCGCAGAACCGCUGGCUGAAUGCCCCAGCCAUCGCCGCGUCUGAGUAGGUAGCCAUCGGCAGAGUAGCUAUCUGUUGGACGGACGGCCAGACGGGGAACGCCUGCGAAAACGAAGCCGAUGGGAUUCCUGGGCCGGGCCGAGAACUCCGGGAGUUUUGGGCUGCGUAAAUUGCUUUAUCUGGUGGACGCUUUUAGUGGCUCAGAUGGUCUAAAGUGUUGGGCUGGGCCAUUCCCAUAAGGCCCCCACUGUCAGGAAUGUUUCGUCAGGAUGUCAGAGCUGAAAUUUCAUUCCCUCUACCCUUCCUCUUCAUUUCACAUCUUAUCGGGAUAGAUUCCAGUACCCCGCAAGAAAGUAAAAAAAUGGAUUCCUAUUAGAAUU